AUGAAAUUUCUUUGAUUUUCUUUUUCAGCUCAGUGGAGAGCACACUGCUACCUGGCAUGUUUAGUUAUCAUGACUGCCUGCUCUGGACCGGUUUCACCCCUUCAUGAUCCUCCAGUGACAACAGGUCUCCGGUCUGCUUUCUCUGCCACACAAACCAAGAGCAUAGUGGGAGGCAAGCAGAAGGCAGUGACAUUCAACAGACUCGUGGUCAACGUAGGAGGGGAUUUCAAUCCAGACUCCGGUCACUUCCGAUGCCGCAUCCCUGGGGCUUACUACUUCUCCUUCUCCGUGGGGAAAUUUCCAAAGAAAAUGCUCUCUGUGAUGCUGGUGAAGAAUGGAGAGGAGGUACAGGCUAUAGCAUAUGACGACUACCGCAAGAAAGGAAGGAAAGUUGAAAGUCAAAGUGUGAUGAUCACUUUGAAGGAAAUGGACAUAGUGUGGCUGCUUUUACAGCAGAGUCCCCAGUAUGCUUUGUACAGCAACGCUGGCCCUUACAUCACCUUCUCUGGUUACCUUGUGUAUCCUGACAUCUCCCCAACCAGCUACAUCACCAACCACCUGUCCCCACCAGGGCUGUCUUACCCAAACUGUCCCCCUCAGGCUGACCCCUGGGCCAGAGGUCAAACCUCAGAGCAGCCACGGUCUGCCUUCUCUAUGGCACGGACAUCCACACUCAUAGGUCAGAGUAGCAGGCAGCAGUACAAGUUACCUCUGACCUUUGAUGUGGAAUAUGUUAACAUUGGGGGGCAUUUCAACAAAACCUCGGGCUUGUUCACUUGCCACUUCCCGGGUGCAUACUUCUUCUCCUUCACUGUGGGGAAACACCCCCGCAAGGCUGUUUCUGUGAAGCUGAUGACGGGGAAGGGCGAGGUGCAGGCCAUGGUGUUUGAUGAGGACACGUCGAAGAGAAGGGAGAUGCAGAGUCAGAGCUUGCUGCUGUCUCUCCGCCGGGGCGACAGUGUGUGGCUGUAUAGUCAGCAGGAUGAGCGUUAUGCCGUCUAUAGCAACCAGGGGAGGUACACCACAUUUUCUGGCUUCCUGGUUUAUCUUGAAGCAGAAACACUCACACCUCCCACCACACAGGACAGAACUCACCUCUAAAUGUCUUUACCCUUCAUGGUGUCCUGUCUAAACAAAAUAAAGUACAAAAUUCCAGGGCUAACAUGUGUUACCAGAUUACUCCAUAAGAUGGUGCUAUGAUACAAUUGUGGACACUAACCAGCAUGCAACUUGGUUAGAUUUGUCCUAAAAGUGCAAUUAGCUGCAAGACAUCACAAAUAUGAAAACUUCUUAAUUAAGUCAUAAGUUUUUGUUUGCAGAUACAUUUACUUUUAUUUACUUUUUAAAUUCUUUGCAUUUAGAAUAUAUAUAUGUUUUACUACGGAAAAAUGGAAAAAUGGAAAAAUGUGUAAAUGAUGUAUAGUUUAUUAACAUUUACUUACUGUAAAAAUAAGAUUUAGAGAUACAUCAUGGUCAUGUUGGUUAUAGUUAUGUUAUGAGACUUUUAUAUUAUUUUUUCUGUGCAUUUUAAGUAAAAGCUAAAUAAAUAAACUGCAAUGAAAUUUAAAGGUCUUGUUUCUUCUAGUGCUAAUGCUAAUCAUGAAAUAUACUGCAUUGAGUACAAUGUGAAUUUACUGUCGGUUAAGUUUAUGUUGCGUGGGGUAGCUACUGCAACCGAUUAAAAUUUUCAUUACUCUUAAAGUAUACACAGUACUCACAAUGUGGUAAAUGUCUGUUGCUCGAAACAUGGAUCCUCACUACAGCUAUUACUACUACUACUACUACUACUACUACUAAUACUGAUACUAAUACUACUCCAGGUGGGGGUGGUGUUGCUGUUGCAAUGAGCAGCUUCGGCUACUACCAGCAAUAAUAACAGUAUGCCAGGUGUCACUAUGCAUAAAAAAAAGAAAGAAAGA